UCUUGUAAAGGACAUAGCUGAGUAUACCUCUGAAAUGAAGCGCGGGACGAGCUUUCACCAUGUGUACCCUCGUAACACUCGGCCUUCAAUCGAGAUGAUGACUACAGAGGAAAAGGCCAUGAAAGUGGCAGAGAUCCAGGCAAGACCUUCACGCAAGGCGUUAUUCGAUUCAGGCCAACGGCUAGCGCACGUUCGAAGGUACAAGCGACUGGACAUUCAUGAUGAAAGCGAUGGAGCAUGGAACACUCAACCUUCGGAAGUAGAGGGGUACCCCGCAAAAAACGAAGCCGCCACCAGAGACUGCGAUGAACCCCGGU